UUCAAACCGGGUUUUCUUUUGACUGCAACGUGUCAAACUAAAGAGCCUGUUCAUUUAUUUAAAAAUGUGACUCGUGAACGCUCAAGAAGGAAGCUAAACUUGUAGGUUUUCUUCAAGAGACAACUACAGUUUGAAAAUUAUGGGUGUUAGUGUAAUGACGACAACUUAAAAAUGGCAAACGUGUGCAAAUUGGCAGAUUUUACAUUUGAUGUCAAGUAAGGUUUGAAAACCAGGCCGAAAAUUGAAGAGGGAUUGUUAUGUACAUAGUAUACGUAUGUCAGAGCGCUGAAUUUCCAAUUUAUUCGAUCAUCAAGUGUCUUCGCCUGUUUAACUUACUGUUAAAAGCGGAAUAAUGGCGAGUGAUACGAACUCAACACUUGACGUAACUGCGACAGAUAUGCGAAACAAGGAAAUUGAAUUCAUCAGGACAUAUUUCAAUAGUGUUGGACAACAAGAGAAUUAUUUGCUGGCAGAAUAUGAAGGAGGUGCUGAAAGUUUGGAGAGGAUCUUAGAAUCUUACGCUUUGUUAUCGUCGACGUCAUUUGUUUGUUCACAAACGCACAACAAACGCAAAGACCACAAACGCUUUUCAAUAAAUGAGCCAGUUGAGCAAGAAUUGUUGUAUGAGAGUGAAACAGAGGAAAUCCAGGCAUCACAAGAAAGCACUGAAGCACCGACAAUCAACAACUUGGAACAUCAAGAAAGCACCUACACUGAUACUUGCAAACAGUUGACAUACAAUUCAUUGUUUCUGACUCCAAGGCAAGGAAUAAAUGCCUUUAUAGAAAGACAGUGUCUUGGCGAUACUGUGCUGGAAUUUGGUCCUGUGAAUGCAUCAACAGUAGAUCUUUGGUCACUUGUCAUUUCAAAAGAUAUAACUGAAAAAGAAUUAAAAAUUAUUGAAAAAGAAGUUACCACAUUCAAACCUGGUUGGCUGACUGACUAUGUAAUUGACGCUUUUUUGUGGAGUUUGACUGAAAACUAAACUACUGUUCUUGCAGCAGAAUCAUUUAUUUCAGAGAGAUUGUUAAAAACAACUCAAGCACAAGACGCACAUGGGCUAAUAGAUCUUUUCACCAAACCAAAAUUAUCCUUUUUCCAAUCAACAUCCAUGAAAUUCAAUGGACACUACUGGUAAGUAUUUGAGCUAAUCAAUGAAGGCAAUAAAAAAAUAUAGACAUGCAUUAUAUACAUACUUAGCCCACAUCAGUCCACAUAUUAACAUGCAAAAAUUAG